UUCCAGUCUCGGUCCUCAGUUUCUCUUUCAUUCUAGCUUGCUCAAUGCCGCCCCGGCUUUCCCCAAGGACUUUAGUAGAUUUCGAUCUGACGACUUUGUGGUCCUUGCCUCACAGUAAUCAGAGUUAUUUUACACUCUGCACAGGCCCCCUUGUGCUAGUUUCCAACCGGCCAACUCACAGAAGUCCGACCAUUAGGUCAGCCAUUCCUCCCCCCACCACCUCGAUGCGCACCCACUUGGGCCGGCCACCUCCCUGCGGGGACUCUCAAAGGUCGGCUGGCGUCAGAGUAGGGCCACGGGCGUUUUCCCAACGUCGGUCACGGUCGUCACUGGUAUAACGGCCAGUUAGUAGUAGUCACUGGUAUAACGGCCAGACAUGCCUGGCGGUUAGUAGUGAGGGCGGUAAGACCGGAAAAGAACAAGUAAAAAAAAGGUAAACAAGGAUCUGAGGCCCCAAACCCAGUUCCAGCCCCCGAUCCGGGGCCCACAUUCCGGGCCCGCCCUCCGCCGCCGGAAGUGACGCCAGAAGCGUCGGCCUCUCUGCAGUCUAGAGCGGCCCCGGAAAGGCUGUGGUGCCCCAGGGAGUGAGAGUGUCCGCGACCGGACGGCCGCCGGGCCCGCGCCUUCGCUCGGUGAUGGUCAUUGUCCUCCAGAAUAGCGAUGGAGGAACUGUUGGCCCAGGAAGCAGCAGGAUCAUCAAGGAUCCACUUUCAGUCUUUGGAGACCCAGUCUGAGGGUCUAUCCCCAGAGCCUCAGUUCAUACAGGACACCGACAUGGAACAGGGACUCAUUGGGGCUCCACCUGUUCCCCAGGUGCCUGCUCUUCCCCAUGAGGGAAGCCCAGGAGACCAGGCAGCUGCGCUCAUGACAGCCAGGUACCAGGAGUUUGUGACAUUCGAGGAUGUGGCUGUGCACCUUACUCGAGAGGAAUGGGGAUACCUGGACCCUGUUCAGAGGGACCUCUACAGAGAAGUGAUGUUAGAGAAUUAUGGGAACGUGGUCUCACUGGGAUUUCCAAUUUCCAAGCCUGAUGGGAUCUCCCAGCUGGAACAAGAUCUACAGAUCUUUGAUCUGGAAACUAAGAAUAGAGAAGUCUUAAGAGAUGACUACUCAGAUGGAGAGACCAGAGAAGAGAAGCUGUUGAUUCCUAAGCAGAAAAUUUCGGAAGAAGUACAUUCAUACAAAGUGAGAGUAGGAAGACUCAAACAGGAUAUUGCCCAAGUUCCUGAUACUAGAGAAGUAUAUAAGUCUGAGGACAGAUUAGAAAGACUUCAGGAAAUUCUAAGGAAAUUUCUCUUCCUGGAGAGAGAGUUUAGGCAAAUAACAAUCUGCAAGGAAACCUUCACCAGUGAGAAGAACAGUGAAUGCAGUGAACCUGAAAAAAGCUUCAGUCUGGACUCUACCAUUGGUACAGAUCAGAGAGUUCUUAGAAUACAGAAUAUUGAUGACAGUGAUAAAUAUGACAUGAGCUUCAAGCAGAAUGCAGCUGCUGAUAAACAUGAACACAUAAAUUUAACACAGAAUUUUCAGAAUAGUGAGUACAAGGAAAGCUUAAUGGAUUUCUCUCACCUUAACGAAUGGGAGAGCGUUUCUACCACUGAGAAAUCCUAUAAGUGUGAUGCGUGUGGGAAAAUGUUCCUUCAGAGCUCAGCCCUUACUAGACAUCAGAGAAUACAUACUAGAGAGAAACCUUACAAAUGUAAAGAAUGUGAAAAAUCUUUCAGUCAGAGCUCAAGUCUUAGUCGACAUAAAAGAAUACAUGCUAGAGAAAAACCCUAUAAAUGUGAAGCGUCUGAUAAAUCCUGUGAAGUGUCUGAUAAGUCCUGUAGUCCAAGUUCAGGCAUAAUUCAACAUAAGAAAAUUCACACCAGAGCCAAAUCUUAUAAGUGUAGCAAUUGUGAAAGAGUCUUCAGUCGUAGUGUGCACCUUACUCAACAUCAGAGGAUUCACAGAGAGAUGCCCUGUAAGUGUACUGUAUGUGGCAGUGACUUCUGUCAUACUUCAUACCUAGUUGAACAUCAAAGGGUCCACCAAGAAGCGAAAUCCUAUGAGUACGAUGAGUGUGGGUUGGCCUAUAUUAAACAUCAAGGACUUCGUUUCAGAGAAAAGCCCUAUACAUGUAACGAAUGUGGAAAAGACUUCAGAUUGAAUUCACAUCUUAUUCAGCAUCAAAGAAUUCACACAGGAGAGAAACCACACGAAUGUGAUGAAUAUGGAAAAGCUUUCAGUCAAACCUCAUGCCUUAUUCAGCAUCACAAAAUGCACAGAAAAGAUAAGUCAUAUGAAUGUAGUGAUUAUGGGGAAAGUUUCAGUCAUAGCUCAGAUCUUAUCCUGCAACAAGAAGUCCUCACCAGACAAAAAGUCUUUGAUUGUGAUGUAUGGGAAAAGAACUUCAGUCAGAGAGCACACCUGGUUCAGCAUGAAAGAAUUCAUACCAAAGAGAAACCUUAUGAAUGUAAUGAACAUGGGGAGACAUUUAGUCAAGUUCAGGCUUCAUUCAGUAUUUGAGCACACCAGGGAGAAAUCAUGUAGGUACUGAAUGUGGUAAAGCCUUCAGUAUAGCUCAACCCUUACUCAGCAUCAGAGAAUUCACACCAGAGAGAAACCCUCUUGAAUGUGACAAAUGUAGGAAAGCUAUUAGUAUUAAACUCUUAAUCAACUCCCACAAAUCCGUACCAGUGUGAAAAUCUAUGAAUGUACUGAAUGUUAAAUUCUUCAAGCUAUUUUCAUACCUUAGUCAUAAUUGGAAAGUUCAUACUGGAAUAAAAUUCCAUUACUGAAAUGAAUGUGAAAAAGCCAUCAGUCAAACUACCUUGUUUGGUAUUAAAUGCAUGUCAUACUGAAAGUUUAUGAAUGUAAUAAAUAUGUAUGUGUGAAUGAGAUUCAGUCAUACCCCAGUGCUCAUUCAGUAUCAAAGGAUCUAUUCCCAAGAGAAGGCAUUUGAGUGUAGUAAAUGUGGCAAAUCUUUUCUGUAGUUCAUCUAGUCUUUGUCACAAUCAGAAUAUCCAUACCAGAUGAGAAUUUGAUAUAAUGCAAAUGGAAAAAUUUCACACCAUAUUUCAGGCUUUACCCAAUGUCAAGAUAUUGGAGAGAAAAUUGUUGAUUAUUUGUAUAUGAAAUUGUUAGUAUAUAUUAACAUAAUCCCAAUCUGCAUUGCAAAAAAAUCUAGUCUGAGAAGUGACGUGGUGAAUGCAGUGCCAUUAUCUUUACAGUGCCAUUAUCAGUGGCAUUCCUUUAUUUAAUAAGUGUCCUAAAUAGGUAUGUAUAUUUUAUUUAUAGGAUCAGCGAUUUUUUAUUUUAAUAUGGCCUAUAAACAUUUUAAUUUUUCUUGAAAUUUGUUCGUAUUGUUCACAACUUCCAAAAGAUAUCAUUAAUGCACCAGUGUUAAAUAUCAGCUUCAAGUAGCUAAUUUAGCUUUUUCUGCUAUUUUCUGAGUUCUCUCCCAAACAGACUCCUAGGCCUGCUCUUUUUAAAGGACCCUGCAUGGUAUUCCUUUACAGCCACAACACUUGGAUUGCUGUUGAUUUCUCCUUCCUCUUAAGCACCUUCAAAUGAUGGUUUCCUAGUUUUAAGCUUUUCACCAGCAGGUAUGCCGUCUGUACUUGAUGUUACUGGUCUGGUGUCUUUCCUAAAGUGAAGCAUUUUUUUUUUUAAAGGAAUUGGACUUCCACAUCCAGUCCAUUUAUAUAAGUUUGAAGGGUUCAGUUUUCCCUGAGUUUGUGGCAGGCAGCUAAACAUUUUCAAGUGACAUCCCAGUUUUUACCUGCCUUGUCUGUAUCCGUAGCCCGAGAAAAGAGAUGCUAAGGACAUCUAGGAGCCAACAAAACUCCUAGUGGCCUAACUACAUUCAUUUAGUGCCUAUUCUGCAUGCCUAAGUUCAGAAUUUAUAUACCUCUAUUUAUGGCCAGCAAAAUGCUCAGGUCUACUUUUGAUAGGGCAAACAUAAAGAACAUAUGAAAAAAUCAGCAUCAUAAGGAAAUUCAGCAUUCCAACAAAGAUAAUGCCUGUUCUUAUGUAAUGUCUUUAGAGACAGUAUUUUAAGAGAGUGGCAGGUUUGUUCCUGGUAAAAUUUUAACCAUUAGGAUUGCUGUUUUAUCUAUUUGGAUUUCCCUACCCACAGUCUCCCCUCAUCAAUCCAGGGUAGUAUUUGAAGUGUGGGAGCUUUGUGUAUAAUUGUUCAUUCACAUUUUUAUAUUUUAAUGGAGUCUACAUACCAUAUAAAAGAACAUGGCUUUUUUGAUAGAUAAAAGUGAUCACAGAUGUUGGCCCAGAGUUUAGGGUCACCGUCACAUACCUACCAAGACUUCAUGAUUCCUUAGGUCAUGUCAAAGCAUUUUAUUAUAUUUUUCCUUAAGUUUUACAACAUUUAGUGAGUAAGACAAGUGUUAUUAAAAAUCCUAGUCCAAUUGAGGCUUUUAUAGUUCAGAUGUGAUAAUAUUCACUAGGAAUCUUCAACAAAUAUAUGAAAAUUUAUUGCUCACUUUCUAAGCCUCUUGUAGUUAACCUCUAGGAUAGUUCUGCCACUAUAUUUUACUUCUUAGCCAUCAGCAAGAAUAGGAUCUCAUCAAGGCAAGGUAGGAAUCUAAAUGAAAUUUAUAUAUAUGUGAAUGAGUUGAUCUAAAUGUAAAAUCAAAUGAAAAAUGCAUGUUUUCUUCCUAUCAAACAUGUAUACUCAUACUUGCCAGUAGCCACCUUUGCUGACUGUGAAACAGGAUUAUAUAAUCCUUAAAAAGCAGAAUAUGUAAAAAUCACAUGUAUGCAUUUGGUGUAGGAAUGUUCUUUUGUACUUCCACUUGAAUAAAGGUGUGUUUGAUAUUCUGAGAA